AUGUAAUAAUUUGAAGAAGAUGAAGAUAAUAUUGGUAAAGGAACAAGAAAAGUAAAAUUGAAUCAAGAAUAAUCUACCAGCAUUCCUUUGAUACCUGGAAUAUUAAAUAUGAUUUUCCAAUUUUUAACACCUUAAUAGUAUUAAUAAAUGAGAUUAGUAUCUCAUCAAUUUAAUGCAGUAGUUUAAUAGUUUAAUAAAAGUUUUCUAUUUACAAAUGUGUAAAAAGGAACCUUUCAAUAAUUCAAUAAUUUUAUCAGUAUUUAAUUAUAGAAAAUUAUAAUAGGGCAAUUUUCUUAAUUAACUAAAAUAAAAUUACCUCCAAUUUCUUCAGAAGAGCAUAAAUUAUGUGAUGAAAUAGAUCCUUAAUAUUUAACUUAGGUUAUUUUCAGUGAUUUCUUAAAUGAUUCAGAAUCUUAAUAAGCAUAUUUAAAAGAGUUUUUCUAAAAAUAUACUUCUAUUAUCUCAGUAGGAAUUAAUAAAUUUUAUUCUCUAAAAUGGUUGCCUCUUGAGAAUAUAAAAUAAUUAGAUUUAUCAACUGUUAUAGAAAUUAAAGAUAAAAGCUUUUUGGAACUUAGUAAAAAUUUAGUUUCUUUAAAUAUUCAUAUUUAAGAGAAAAACAACUUUUUUUCCACAGCUGAAUUUCCACCUUUAGAAUAAUUAAAGGUUUUAAAAAUCAAAUUGUGGGGACCUACAUUCAAAGAAGAACAUUAUCAAAAUUUCUUAAACUUUUUAGAAUCAAUAAAAAAUCUUGAAAUAUUGGAGUUGUUAUUUAAUACUUAUGAAUCAAAUUAAAUUAAAUAAGAUGUCUUUAAUGCAUUUAUUAAUAAGUUACCAAGUAUAGAAUUUAAUUUAUUUUUAGAUCUUCGUAUUUUAAAGGCAUUUUAUUGUUAUGAACAAAUUUAGAAUACUUAAUUUAAACAUAGAUUUGAUUAUUUAGUUAUUGAGAAUAAUAAAUUCAUUAAAUUAAAAGCUUUAGAUAUUCCAACUUUGGAAAUGCUAUUGGCUUUUACAAAUAUAUUGGAUAUAACUAAUUGUAGUUUAGAAGAAGAUAAUGAAAAACUUAUUUAGCAGUUUUUGGAGAAUUAAAGGGAAAAUCAAUCACAAAAAAAUGAAACUAUUUUAAAAGUAAUAAAGUAAUUAAUAUUAUAAGGUUUCAUUUGAAUAAAAUCAUAUAAAAGCCAAUAAUUAUGAGUUUCCAAUAGUCCAAAAAAAUAGCAAUUUCACAACUUUUUGGGAUUCUGGUUAUUAUUCAAUUUGAUGAUGGG